AGUAAUACGCCUAGUAGCGUUCACACUGCCAAAAUCACACAACAAGAAGCAGAAGUGGAAGAAGAAGAAGAUUGAGAUCGAUUCAUUCGUACUUUUCGUAUUAAGAUAUCGGGGUUCUUGAGUUGCUCAACACCCUGUCCCAGAAAUGUCUGGGCGUUUGUACGCCAGCAUCCUUCAAAGAGCUUCAAGCUACACACAGACACUUUCUUCCAGUGCCCCAUUCCAGUAUUCCCAUCUGGUAGUAUCUCCCCCUUCUCAACUGCGACCAGUCCAUUUCUCAUCCUGGGGUACCUCCAGAACAGACCAGUGGUGCUGCAGAGGUGAGGAGUCAGGAACUCGAUCUCAAAGUGGGCGACAUUUCUCAACUCGUCAGGAUCUAGACUUCCAGCUCAGCCAAGUUCAGAUCAACAGCAUUCUGCGAUCUAAUGAGCAGUCUGUGAGUGUACCUGAGUUUGAUGGCAGGGGACUCAGUGCUGUGAAAAAGUUUGAGAGCAACCAGAUAGCUGCCAACACGCCUAAUGAGGAUCGUCGUAGUGCAGCCACCUGCUUACAGUCAAAGGGCAUGCUCUUUGGAGUGUUUGAUGGACAUGGGGGUUGGGCAUGUGCUCAGGCUGUCAGUGAGCGGUUGUUGUACUACAUUGCAAUUGCAAUGAUGCCAAAGCAGAGCCUGGAGGAGCUUGAGAGGUGUAUGGAGCAUGGCAGACCCGUUCCUCCCAUCUUGCAGUGGUACAAACACCAUGCAGACUUAAACUAUCGGGAAUCUGCUUCACUCUACAUUGACCACCUCAGAGUCUUCUGGCAGGACUUACUGGACAGCGAGGAACAUGAUGAAGGCAUGUGUCCUCCGGAUGCCCUGGAUCGUGCUUUUAGACGGCUCGACGCUGAUAUCUCCUUGGAGGCUCAACUUCCACUUUCCAAUGACCUGAUGAAAAGCACAGCCAUCCAGGUUGCGUUUGCUGGUUGCACAGCCUGUGUGGCUCAUGUUGGCACAGAUGGGAUCCAUAUAGCAAAUUCCGGUGACUGCCGAGCGGUGCUGGGCGUGAAGGAAGAGGAUGGCUCAUGGAGCGCUUUGCCCCUUUCCCAGGACCACAAUGCAGAGAACCAGGCUGAGGUGGAGCGGAUCAAAGCCAAGCACCCACCCUCAGAGAGAGACACAGUGGUCACAGAUGACAGACUUCUUGGGGUUUUGAUGCCCUUGCGUGCGUUUGGCGACGUGAGAUUCAAGUGGAGCCGUGAGUUGCAGCAGGGCAUUUUAAACAGCCUGGAAUCUGGAGUGGAUCUCGACUCUCUCAACCUAUACCAGUACACGCCACCCAACUACCAUACUCCACCCUAUCUUGAUGUGGCACCAGAGAUAACAUAUCACAAGUUGAGACCUCAAGACCGCUUUCUGAUAUUCGGCACUGAUGGGUUGUGGGACGAGUUAAGGAGUGAGGAUGCUGUACGACUGGUUGGAGAGCACCUGAGUGGGAUUCAUUUACAGGCUCCAGUUUCUCCAUCUGAGAGGCAGCUGAAAUUGGGUCAGAUGCAUGAACUCUUGCAGAAACGCCGGGCCCGUGCCUCUCCUGCUCUAGACACCAAUGCUGCCACGCACCUCAUCAGACAUGCACUUGGCACGGGGGAGUAUGGAGAACUAUGCCAGGAGAGACUGGCGUCUAUGCUCGCUCUGCCAGAGGACCUGGCUCGAAUGUACAGGGACGAUGUCACAGCUACUGUGGUGUAUCUGAACUCUGACCUAGUCAGACCUCACCACAGCUAACAAAAGAUUAUUCACAAUUAUUCACAAAGGGAUGCAGCGAUUAACUGAUUUCACUAUUAACCGCGCUUUAAAAUGUCAUGGUUUUUUAACCAUGAAGGCUCAGCUACACUUCUGUUCUCACUCUUAAAAAGGGACAUUAUAGUAGGUUAUUUUUCCAUGAACAACAGUUGUAUUGUGUAGGAAAAUUUAACAGAACUAGACAGUUGUGUUAAAAAAAAUGUCCAUAGGUGCAACCUGCAGACUGCAGGCUGAAGUUCCGCCACAUAACCAAAACAAACCUGGUGUACCAGCUUAAAAUGCUGUGCUGCAACAAGUUCAGCUAAGCAAAGUUGCACAUGCUGUCAUGCAACUCCCCUUAUUUGUGUUUGAGGGGGGCUACAUUAGCUAAAGGAGAUGUGUCUGGAAAUGGCUGAGGGACCCAACAUUGAAGUGUUGAAUCACCAAAAACACCUAAAAUGGUCAGUUUCGGAGUAUUUUGGAUACAUAAAGAAUGGUCAGGGUGUUGUUCAAGAAGACAGAUCUCCAAUUUGUAAAACUUGCCGAAGAAAAGUCGCUGCCAAAGGAUCCAACACCUCGAAUUUAAUGCAAUAUCUUCGAGAUCACCAUCCAGCUAUACUGCUCAAGUGAAGGUAAUACACCAAGUAAUAACUAAGUUAGAAAAUCAUUACUUAAGUGGCAAGUUACUUACUGAAACACUGAGCUGGUAGGGCAUUAGAUACACAAGUGUCACAAUCAACAAAGUAAUGGCGAGUUAGGCGUUGGGCUUUCAGUGCAACAUAAACCAAUGGUAACAAAGCAGGAAAAGGAGCAUUAUACUGUUUAUAAAUUAACACUCACCAAAACGGUACAUAAUCUCCUCAAGAGCUUCAGUGGGACCAUUUACAUCCUGUUGGUUCUUCCCAUCAGUGUU